AACGUUUUAAAGAGUAAGAUUCUCGUUGCACGAGAUUUGCAGACGACAACUAGGUCAAGCAGACAAUACUGUCAACAUUAAGAAAGGGAGAGUGGAAGUGUCAAAUUAAAGAUAUGUAUGAGGAUAGCCAGAAAACAAUAGAGAACAGCGAGACAAUGUUUUCGGACUCGGAGCCCCCGAGCCCAAGACUAUUAAGCAGACAUUUGGGUGCCUCAAAUUCCUGCCAUGGCUGUGUUGAAAACACAAAACUUCUGAAACAAGUCUUACAGGAAUUAAAAGAACUAAAAGAGGAACUGUCUAAGAACACAAAUAAGCAAAGUCCAAACACUACUGGAUUUACUGUAGAGAAAUCACCCAUAGAGGCCCCUCUUGUUGAACACCUGAAGAAAAAGUUCCCUAUCAUGCUAUUCCCAGUCAAUCCAGACACAGAAUUAAAAGCUAAAGUGACAGUACUUCUUCAAAAGAACGGGGUAACCGCUGAUCUUCCUGUAGUUCUUAGAAGUGUUCGAAAGUAUGCGGCAAGAAAGUUCGUUGACUUCAGGGCACAGACCAAAUCCAAGUUGCUUUCAGAAAAAUUAGAUGUGGGGGCAAUGCAGUUGGCAGAACUGGCCAGGACCAUCUUUUCCAAGUUCACAGAUGCUGGGAACUUGGAAAUUAUCAAGAUGACCAUCAUUUUGCGCUCCUUCUGCCAUGAGAAGAAGCUCCUUAAAAAACUCAGAGGUCGGGAACCAGUCUCCUUGGAUUUCUGGGUUGAAUUGAAAGAGCACAAGGAAAGGAUAGACUCAGAUGAAGAUCCUCUUAAAUGGGAGAAACUCCAAGCCCGAGAGGAAAAGCGGAUUGAGAGAUAUGAGAAGCUUUAGAUGUGCACGAGGUUGACUUUGAGAGUGAAGAUGAUCAUGACUGAGAGUGAAGGAGAACAAUUUUUUAUUAAAUUUUACGUAGGAAAAAUAAAAUUUAUACAUAUAAGAUGACAUUUGUUUUUUGUUUUGAUUAUACAUUUUGAUGGGAUGUAAAAUGCUUUCUUUAACCAUGAUAAAAUUGAAACCAAAUUAAUUAAUUUUUUUUACAAAGAAAUCAUUGGAGAGGCUAAAAAAAAUUCUAAGGUAUGAAAAGCAUGCCGGUGCAUGUGUACUAGUUUACAUAUGUGAAAUUCACGUGAAUUUCACGUGAAAUUCACGUUAUUUUCACGUGAAUUUCACGUGAAGAAUUUCACGUGAAAUUCGUGUGAGUGCUCUUUUCACGUGAA